GUUUGUAGUCUGUCAAAUGUCGUGACGUCACGUCUGAAGUCGCAGCGUAAAAUGUAACUUUGCUACAGCCAAAUCUACAUGUCCGCAAGACUUCACAUCAACUCAGAACCCAGCAUGGGAUUAUUAAACACGGCAGGAAAUCAACAAAGUCCGGGAAGAAAGAACACCAGAGGCUCGAUCUAACCAACUUCUGAGUGGGGGGGGGGGAAGGACAUUUUGGACCGUGUGUUCCGGGUUUUCGCGCUUACACUCUGUUUUGUUAACCAAAGUGACGCUUGUAGAAAGUUGGAGAGUUGUAGUGGCGUUUGCGCGCGCAUGGGCUUGUUUGUUUAUGUAAUUCAACUGAAGAAAGUAGAGCUGAGGUCUCCAAUGCAAUGACUACUAACUACAACGAGGAACUGGACUUCAGGCUGAUAUUUGGAGAAAGCAGUUAUUCUCAUCAGUCGCUGAGCCACACAGAAUCCAGAUCGGAUGAUGACGCCAACUCCUACCCUCUCUUUCCUUCUGACCCCAACCAUCCGACAGAACAGCAGGACAGCUAUACAAACCAGCCUUAUGGCACCCCUCACCCUGGGUCCCUGCAACCCAUGGAUUCUCCCAGUAGGGUGUUUGACUGUCCCAGCAUCCAGAUCACCUCUAUCCCUGCCAACUGCCUCCAGGAUCUGGGAAGCCACCAGUUGGGCCAGUCAGCAGGAGCUUGUGGGGAAGCGUGUGCUGGGUCUCUAUCGAGGGACCAGCUCUUCCUGCCAUUGGAUGGAUCCUAUAGGGACACGUCCUCACUGUGUCCCAGCCCCUGCAGCAGUUUGUCGUCCCGCAGCUGGUUGUCUGAUGCCUCGUCCUGUGAAUCCUUCUCGCACAUCUACGAUGAUGUGGAGGCAGAGCUGAACGAGGCGGCCGCUCGAGUUCGACUCGCGUCUCCUCUAAUGUCACCAUUGACGUCUCCUCUGCCGUCCCCCCUCACCUCUCCCCAGGCGUCUCCUCAAGUGUCUCCGCAAGUCUCCCCCUUCGGUUCUCCUGGAUGCAUGGCUGCAUAUGGAGACGACUCUUGGUAUCGUUACCAACAACAACAUCAUCUGCAAACUCUGCAAUAUCAGUCGCUGUCACCGUAUCAGUCGCCCCGCACCAGCAUCACUGAGGACACGUGGCUCAGUCCCCAUCCACACUCCUCGUCCUCACGGCCCUCCUCACGGCCCUCCUCUCGGCCAACAUCGCCAUGUGGGAAAAGACGACAUUCCAGUGCAGAGGUCAUUCCUGGUUUGGCGUCCCCUCACCGUUCCCCCAACGUAACACCAUCUCACUCUCCUCGGGGGAGUGUCACUGAGGAGACGUGGAUGAGCGGUGCCACGUUUGCCCCCUACCAGACCUUUCCACUGGAGGUAGACAUCCCAUCCAAAACAAGAAAAACAUAUCAGACCAACAACCAGCACCAGGAUCAAGCGUCUCUGUUGCCUGGACAUGAGGACUCAGGUCUUCAAGACCAAGGUCUUGCAAAUCCAUCGCUAAACUCGGGCAUAGCUGUGUCCCUGCCCAGUUUAAGGAAAGAGGAUAUAGUGGAACACUUCUUAGCCGUUCCAACGCACUUCCCUUGGGCUAAACCCAAACAAGUCAAUACUACUCCUUUAUACAGGUCCACAUCUUUACCACCACUGGAAUGUCCUCUGCCCAGUCAGUGUGGGCAAUGUGAGUUAAAGAUCGAGAUCCAACCUAAACCUCACCACAGAGCCCAUUAUGAGACGGAGGGCAGUCGAGGGGCCAUUAAAUCCGACUGUGGAAGACACCCUGUUGUAAAGCUAAUAGGGUGUAAUGAAAAACCCAUCAGCCUGCAGAUGUUCAUUGGGACAGCGGAUGAUCGGUACACCAGGCCACACCCGUUCUAUCAAGUGCACAGGAUUACUGGAAAAACUGUAGCGACUCCGAGUCAAGAGACAGUGAUAUCCAGCACCAAAGUUCUUGAAAUUCCUCUCCUUCCUGAAAACAACAUGUGUGCCAGCAUCGACUGUGCUGGGAUCCUGAAGCUACGAAACUCAGACAUCGAGUUGCGUAAGGGAGAGACUGAUAUCGGGCGUAAGAACACGCGUGUGCGCACCGUGUUUCGUGUUCACAUCCCGCAACACGGCGGCAAAGUGCUGUCACUGCAGGUGGCGUCCGUACCAAUAGAAUGCUCUCAACGCUUAGCUCAGGAACUUCCUCAAGUCGACAGCUUUAGUCCCGCCUGUGGUUCUGUGACUGGAGGAGAAGAGAUGCUUAUAACAGGCCAAAACAUCAGUCCAGAAUCAAUAGUGGUCUUUCUAGAAAAGAGCUCUGAUGGUAAAACACAAUGGGAGGUCGAUGUGAGGGCUUUACAAGAGAAGAGUCCAAAUACAAGCAUAGUGGUAAAGAUUCCUCCGUACUACAAGAAAACCACGGCUUCCUCCACCCAGGUGCAGUUCUAUGUCAGCAAUGGCAAAAGGAAGAGAAGUGUCUCACAGUUCUUCACCUAUCUUUCAGCAGUGCAUGUGAAGCAGGAGUUUGGCAUGAGGCCGGACCUUAAUACCAACGGCCAGCAUCCAGCCGCGUCCCCAACAGGUCUCAGCGCCACUGGGGACUCGAUCUCUUCAGAUGAGGUCCAGCCUCUGGAGCAGUGGCUGCUGACCGAAGGGUCCCCAUCUUCAGCCCAUCUCUGCUACUCACCUCAGGAUCUGCAUCUGAGCCGCUCUCAUCCGGCAGACCGAAUCCUUGAUGCCGUAGCAGACCUCCACCCUAUGUUCUCACUGGUGGAUUUCAACAACUCUUUGUACCAAAAACCUCAACAGGAUCUGUCUUACAAAGGACAACCUAGUCUUCCAAUGGUUGGGGGUUCACUGCAAGGCUGCAACUCAUCCCAAAUCCCUGCAGAGCAACCCAGGUCUCACCGAGGUGAAGGAUACCAAGGCUUCCCUUCAGAACACACUCAUAAUCUCUACAACCGUGGCUCUAUCUCAGUGUCCAGCACCUCUGUUCUAACUAGCGCAAAUGUGGAAACAUCUGGUCUGGAUCCGGUGCAGUUCCCACAGUCGUCCUCUUCCCAGGUGCUUCUUCUUUCCCACCAGCCUACUCUUGCCAAAGUGCCUUCCAACUCACCGUCUAUCCGAGAGAGCUUGAUGGACCCUCAACCUUCAGGCGCAUCUCUUGAGGAGUCCAGCGAACGCUACAGUUUGCCACAAGGUGGAGAAAGCCUUGAUAUUAAACAGGAACCAGAUGAAGAGAAAGAGCUUGGCUUUCAGUCCAUAGGCCUACAGGAUAUCACUCUCGAUGAUGUAAGUGAAAUCAUUGUAAGAGACUUGUUCGAGACUCCAGAUUCAGGGAACGCCAGCAGCGCUCCGUAACUCAAAGAUCCC